GCUUUCCAAAGUCCUUUACCCCCUAAAAGACGUCCAGAAUUGCGAGAGUACUGGACUCAUCUGUCGUUUUAAACGCAUCUCUCCCUUUCUUUCUCCAACGAACCAGUAGACCAACUGCAAAAAAUUUGCAGAGUCUUUAAUGGUUUCCUCAAUGGCCACAUUUCCUCUUCUUUUUUCUUUCCUUUUUUCAUUGUUGCUUAUUCUUUCUCUCUCUUCAACACAAUCCUCCUCUCUCCAAAGUACAGGCAUGGCUUCAACAACUCAAAUCCUAAGCAUGCCUUCUCCUUCCACUCACCCAUUCAGAAAAAUUAUGUUGGGUUCUUCUCUCUCCACAACCCCAGCUGGUAACAAUCAGAGUUACUGGCUCUCCCCUUCUGGUAAUUUUGCUUUUGGUUUCUACCCUCUCAGUAAUCCCCAACACUUCAUGAUAGGAGUUUGGAUGACCAGAACCCCUGAAAAAACACUGAUUUGGACUGCAAAUCGAGAUGAUCCUCCUCGUCGCAAUGGAACCUCCAUCAUUCUAACCAGUGGCCAACUCUUACUCAGAAACAGAGGAAUCCAAGAAAAACCCAUCACAAACAAUUCAAUUUCGGCAACUUCAGCUGCAAUUUUCGAUAAUGGCAACUUUGUUCUUUACAGACACACCCAAGUUAUAUGGCAGAGCUUUGAUAUGCCGACCGAUACUAUCGUGAGUGGCCAAAGGCUAUUAAAUGGCUAUGAGCUCCUCUCUUCUUACUCUGAUACCAUCUUCUCCUCUGGUAAGUUCAGGCUCAAAAUGCAAAAAGAUGGGAAUCUGGUGCUUUAUCCGAUAAACACCAAUGAUACAGCUGAUAAUGCUUAUUGGGCCACUGGAACCAAUGGCCAAGGUAACAAUUUAACACUGAAUUUAGACUCAGAUGGCCACUUAUAUCUCAUGAAUUCUUCUGGUUACUCUGCAAGAAACAUCUCAGAAAGCAAAGAUUCAAGCUUGAUGUAUAGGAUGACAUUAAGUUCUGAGGGAAAGCUUGAAUUAUAUUCUCAUGGCCUUGAAAAAAAUGGUAGCCUGAAUUCAUCUAUCAUUUGGUCAGCUGUUGAAGCGUCUUGUGCUGUGAAGGGGAUAUGUGGGGUUAAUAGCUACUGUUUUUUGAAGGAAUUGAGAUACCCAAGUUGUAGAUGUGCUCCUGGUUUUAGUGCACCUGGCCCUGAGAGAACAUUCCUCGAUUGUGCAAGGAGCUUCACAGAUGGGGAAUGUGAAAAUGGAAAGUAUAAUUUCACCAUCCAAUCUAUUGAAAACAUCAUAUGGGAAGGCCCUGAAUACCAUAAUGAUAUUGUGACUGAAGAUGAUUGCAAAGAGACUUGUCUUGACAAUUGCACAUGCAUGGCUGCUCUCUUUGAUUCUCAAAAGUGUGCUAUAAUGAAAUCCCCUUUGAGAUAUGGAAAAAGAACUUCUGAUUCAGUGAAGGCUUUCUUCAGGGUUCCAUACAAGGUGACCACUAAUAGUUCAUCCAGUAUUUUGCCUGAAAAUCCUCCUCCUCAUCCUCCUUGCUUAUCAGGAAACUCAACUGAUUCAGUUAAAGAGAGGGAUCUAGAUAGGCCUUUUAAUAAGUGGUUCCCCAUUAGCUUGGCACUUGGAAGUGGUCUUGUGUUUUCUUUAGCACUCUCUGGUUUUCUUGCCUAUCGACCAAGAAUGGGAAGGUACUACAGGAUUUCGAGUAACCGUUCUCUGAAAAAACAAGUGAAUUUGAGAUCUUUUUCUUAUGGCGAGCUUUAUGAAGCCACUAGGGGCUUUGCAGAAGCACUAGAAAAAGGCACAUUUGGGACAGUAUUCAAAGGGAGUUUAUGCAAUGAUGAUGAAGUUGCAGUAAAGAAGCUGGACAGACUCGAAGAAGAAGGAGAGAAGGAGUUUCGAACCGAGAUGAAUGUGAGUGGUCGAACCCAUCACAAGAACCUGGUUCAAUUAUUUGGGUUUUGUGACGAGGGUUCUCACAGGCUCUUAGUCUAUGAGUUCAUGAGUAAUGGAUCUCUUGCAAAGCUCUUAUUCAAUGAAGAAAAGCGACCCAAUUGGGAGGGCAGAGUAAAGAUGGCUCUUGACAUCGCUCGUGGACUCCUAUACUUGCACGAAGAGUGUGUGACCCAAAUUAUACAUUGUGAUAUAAAGCCUCAAAAUAUACUCUUGGAUGAGUUUCAAACGGCUAAAAUAUCAAAUUUUGAGUUGGCAGAGCUUCUGGAGCCUGAUCAAACAAGUACCUCAACGGGUGCUCGAGGAACUAGAGGGUAUGUGGCACCAGAAUGGUUCAGGAAUGUUCCCGUCACUGCUAAGGUGGACGUGUAUAGCUAUGGUGCAAUGCUACUGGAGAUCAUUUGUUGCAGAAACGGCUUAAUGGUGGAUGGCCCUGAGGAUGAAUUAAUACUUUCAGAUUGGGUUUACAAAUGCUUUCAAGAUGGUUGCUUGGAGAAACUGAUAGCUCCAAACGAAUUGCAGGUUGGAGAGGAGAAGAAGAGUCUGGAAAGGAUGAUCAUGGUGGGGGUAUGGUGUAUUCAGGAAGAACCCGCAUUGAGGCCAUCCAUGAAGACGGUGGUCUUGAUGUUAGAGGGCACAGUGGAGGUGGAAGUUCCUCCUCACCCUUGACCCCAUUCAGCCCAAUCUGUGACCUCGUGAAUUUUACCAAUGAAUGGUGGAGAUCAACUGUGGUCAGCUGUAAUAGCCCAUGAAUUCCAUAUUAUUGAUAUCCACCAUUUGUCACUGGAAUAGAUGGUAGAUGCUCUUGUGGUGGAUUUUGUAAUACCAGAAAAUGGCGUAUGGUAUAAUUCCUUAGAAUUCUGUAGUCUCUUUGUAAACUUCACUUAAUGGUUUUUGAGAAAUCCUGGCUUAAUUGUUGAGGUUUGAUAGAGAAUGAUAUGUAAUGAUUACU